UAAAAUUAGAUCUCACACUGAACUUCAUCAUGUCUGACUCCUGCACUGACCACUACACAUUCCUGAGGUGCUCCUAAAACACACACACACACAUUCCAGGCUCACUGAGGCCGGACACUGAGCUCUGUGGGAGGUACUGGACAAACAUGGAAGUGGCAUUUAUGAGCCCUAAAGGCACAAAGAAUGACUUACCCCAAAUAUCUCCAAACCUUCAUCAAGGAGAGAAGGUGAGCUCUCUGGGGAAGAACUGGCACCGUUUCUGUCUGAAAUGUGAACGCUGUAAUAAGAUUCUCUCUCCUGGAGGCCAUGCUGAGCAUGAUGGGAUGCCCUACUGUCAUAAACCCUGCUACGGAACCCUGUUUGGCCCAAAAGGUGUGAAUAUUGGAGGGGCGGGGUCUUAUGUUUAUGACACACCCUCUCAGACAUCAUGUGAUGGAUCUUCAGAGGUUUCACCCACAACGCCCUGGUCCAUCUCUCACAUUGAACAUCAUCAACCCAGAGUUUCCUCAGUCCCGGUGCGCAUGUUUUCAGGAGAGACGUCUCCGUGUCCCAGCUGUGGUAAAGUGGUUUAUUUUGCGGAGAGAGUGAUGUCACUGGGUCGUAACUGGCACCGGCCAUGUCUGCGCUGUGAGAGGUGCAAAAAAACACUGACCUCUGGAGGACAUGCUGAGCAUGAAGGUCGGCCAUAUUGUCAUGUCCCCUGUUAUGGAUACCUGUUUGGUCCUAAAGGUGUGAACAUCGGGGAGGUCGGCUGUUACCUUUACCAUCAGGAUGAGAACGGACAGAGGGAGAGUCUUCGCUGAGAUCUACAUCAACAUCUGGGAACAGGAUCAUUAUAUUAUAUUAAUUAUAUUAUAUUAUAUUAUAUUAUAUUAUAUUAUAUUAUAUUAUAUUAUAUUAUAUUAUAUUAUAUUAUAUUAUAUUAUAUUAUAUUAUAUUAUAUUAUAUUAUAUUAUAUUAUUAUUUUUUUACCAUUUUAUCAAAACUGAUGUUUUUAUUUUUUAAAAAUUCACGUAAAUAAUCAUCAGCUGGAAAAUCUUACACUAUUUAAUAUUUUACACACUGAGUUUUAUAAAAGUCCUGCAUAAGUAGUGGGUUUACUUCUGCAUUGUGUUUCCAAAAAACAUUUUCCCACACAAUGGUGUAACUUUUGUGUUGUUUAUUUCCUGCUUUUAUUUCCCUGAAACACUAAUCUCUCAUCUGUAUGAAAUAUAACAGACACCGUUAGCGAACUUGGAUAAUGUGCAGCUCGUCACACAUCAUGCCUGUUAAUUAUUACAUACAUCUCAAAUACACUUGUACAACAGAAAAUGCAUUUAAACAUUGCAACAUAAACACUAUAUUCAAUUCAAUUUUAUUUGUAUAGCGCUUUUAACAAAGAGCAUUGUUUCAAAGCAGCUUUACAUAAGAAACAACAUAAGAAAACAACAGACAGACAGACAGUCCUAGAUGUUAUCCUAAGUGAGCAAGCCUGAGGUGACUGAGGCGACUGUGGCAAGGAAAAACUCCCUUAGAUGGUAUGAGGAAGAAACCUUGAGAGGAACCAGACUCAAAAGGGAAACCAUCCCCAUGAUAAUAUUGGGGUUAUAUGAUCAUUUUUCUUGAUCUGGUAAGAACUCUGGCGGCUGCAUUCUGGACUAACUGUAGCUUGUUUAUUGAAGAUGUAGGACAAACACCUAGUAAUGCAUUACAAUAGUCCAGUCUGGAGGUCAGGAAUGCAUGAACUAGCUUUUCUGCAUCAGAUACAGAUAAAAUGUUCCUAAGCUUGGAAAUAUUUCUAAGAUGGAAGAAGGCUGUUUUUGUGAUAUUGGAAAUAUGAUUUUUAAAGGAUACGUUGCUGUCUAAUAUUACACCCAGGUCUUUCACUGUCCAGCUAGUAGUAACAGUGCAUCCUUCUAGAUGCAAGCUGAAUUGCGAGAGCUUCUGUGUGCUGGUUUUUGGGCCAAUAAGUAAUAUCUCUGUCUUAUCAGGAUUUAGUAAUAGAAAAUUAUCGGUCAUCCAAUCUCUAAUAUCUUUAACACACUCAGUUAGUCUAGGUUUAUGAGUAUUAAUGUGGUGACAUUUAUGAAAUGCAUGAAUAAAUAGUUUCUUUAGGUGCAAACUUUAUUUACAAAUGACUAUCCUACUUCCCAAAGUCCCGAUCAGUUCCAGCCAAAACGGUUAUGUUAUGUUCUGAAAGUAGAGAUUACGACCUUUCUUUUGAUGUAAAAAUUAUUUUUAGAAACAAAUGCUUUGCAACUCGCAUUUACAUCUAAAUCCACGCUUCCUGAUAACCUGCAUGGUGUCCUCCAUCAGCAAGAGAGUCAAGACCCCAUUUUGUGUAGCUACUUUGCCAACAUGUGCGAUAAAUCCAUUUGUUGAAUCUGUGAUAUUUUUCAAGUAUUUAAUGAGUGAAUAUCCUGCACCAAAUUAUUCAGUAAGAAAAUAUUUUGAUAUAUAUGUAAUAAUUUAGCACUAUUAGAUGGUACUUUUUUUAAUGAAAUGAAAAUCAUAGGUCAUGUUUGUAGAAGGUGGAUGUUGUUUCUGGACAACUUCUGUUCAAUAUUAUCCAGAUUGUUUUUUAUAGCAAAUUAAAGACAAAACUUUCCACUACAGUGAAAAAACUAAA